CUAGUUUUAUAAACUGUAUUCUGGGUAUGCAAGGCAUGUAUAAAACAUAGAAAUAAUAUAGCUAGUGAUAUAAAAUUGUAGUAGGCCAACAGCUGAGUCAAGGUGACCGUAACUCGUGUUUGAUUGGCCGAAAGUGACGAGCCGGCGGGUCAGACCCUAAUGGUAGUUACUCCAUUAAAACAGUUGCUGUGCCUAAAAGAAGUUAAAAACAACGGUUCAACAAUCUAUAUUGCCAUCUGCUGACAGCUGGGUGGACCAGAUGAAACAGGAUGAAUGCGCUGCUAUUCCCCUGUCCUGUACAUAUGGGUGUUGUGACCACUGGAGGUGCACACGCUCAACUGCACAAAUACACUUUAGAAAGAAAUCUGACCAAGUUGGAGAAACUGCUGAGUAAGGGUGUUGAUGUGAACUGUGAGAAUCACUUGGGUCAGACUUCACUGUUCUGUGCUGCUCUGCUGGGCCAAGUCAAGGUGAUGGAGCUGCUCCUGCAUUACGGAGCUGAUCCCAACCAUCGCUGUGAUGACGGGAGCACCCCGGUUCAUGCAGGCGUAUUCUCCUGCAACCCUUCAGUGGUGAGCUGCUUGCUGGAUGCCGGAGGAGAUCUAAGACUGCAUGAUGUGGAAGGCAGGACUCCUUUUGAUUGGCUCAGGGCUGUAAAGCAGGAAGACAGUGACAAGAUGCAAGAGUUCCUGGAGAUCUGCAUGUCCUCCAUGCAACAGCUGUGUCAGAGCCCAGGCGCGACAAAGCUCAACUCUAGCUUGUCCCACAUGUCAACAUCCAUCUUGCUACAUCCUGUAUCUUUGCUGGAUCGUCUAAAAGCCCGUGGAAAUGACAAGCACUUCAAUAAGAGGACAAACAGCAGGUCUUCUGGUACAACAGCCCUCUGUUUAGGUUUUGGAAAGCUGUGUGUUAACAGGCCCUGCCCGACGUUGGCUGUGCCAGCAUCUAUUCCACUGAUCAGAGACAGUGAUUUGAGCCAGGCUGAUGAUGAUGAACCUCUGCUCUCCUUCACAUGUGGCUCUUUGACCUCAAUGACCAAUUACAGCUGGAGGGGCUCCAGGGUGACAGUGAAGACAAUGAGGGACAGUCAGACAGCCUAUUUGGACCUGCUCCUCAUAGAACAAGAGUACUGCAGCCAGCUGUUCCACCCACAGCUGCUGCAGCUGAUGGCAGUGAGUGUAUCUGAUGACCUCCAGAGGACCAGUCUGGUGUUUGAACCUGUCAACGUCGGCACGCUGCACAACCUGCUGCACAACAGGCGUGCAGAGUUUCCAGUGUUGCAGGACAUGUGGCUGCUGUCAGUGAUCUUGCAGGUCUGUGAAGGUCUUCAGUACAUCCACAGAGGAGGCCUGGUGAUGAGGGCCCUGUCUUCCCACAGUGUGGUCCUCACAAAGUUCACAGUAGCCAAACUAACUGGUUUAUGCUUCAUGGUCCCCAGCAGUCAAAGUACAUGUGUGAAACCCCCCAUGCACACAGUCCUGCCCCCCAGCUUCUACAGAUGGGCUGCUCCAGAGGUCAUUAAACAGCGGCCGUGCACAGAGCUAGCGGACAUCUACAGUCUGUGUGCUGUGAUCCAGGAACUUUACACAGAUCGUGAACCAUGGGACACAGUGGACCUGACCGUUAUAAAACAGGCAAUGGAUGCAGGACGGGCCCUGGCAGUAGACAGCAGCAUUCCACAGCCUUACUACGAUGUGGUCCUGAAAGGCCUGAAGCUGCACCCACGGGACCGCACCUGCAGCCUCCAGAGCCUGCGCUACAUGCUACAACAUGACAUCAAGAGGUUCUCACUGGAGGAACAGUUGAGUGGUGGUCUGUGUGUUUACCCAGAACCAGAUCUGGGGCCAUCUGAAGUCCAGACCACAGCAGAGCAAACCAUUGUGGAGGAACCAGUACAGAGCGGUACUGAGCACAACACACAAACAUGGCCAUUUGCCAAGGCAGACACAGUAGGGGGAAGACAGCUGUACAGUGGAGAAAGACCAAACCUGGGGAGAGAAAGAGAUGAAUUUAUGGAGGGAGAAACAAUUCUCCAUCAUGUGUACCCUUACAAAGACAUGCUUCCUAUGCGUGCUGAGUUUGACUCAGUUAGUAUUGAGGAAGGACCUGAACCAGAGGCAGGCAUAGACAAAGAGCUAGUGGAGCAGCUGGAUAGCCUGAAACUGAUCUCAGAUCAACAGAUCAGCACCAUUGCGGUCAACCUCAAAGUGUCCCGGGAGCUGCUGCAGCAGGCCAACAGGAGCCUAGACACAGUGGAGAAACACCCCCAGCUGGACCACCCGUGGCUAGACUCAGCGACCCGGCUCAGAGAUGCUCCUUCUAAUAUCCACACCGACGCCUCUUGUACCUCCUCCCUUUCUUCCUUCUCUAUGUCCUCCACAAAUCUUUCAGGAGUUAGCGUUGCAGUUGGACCACGUUCUAAACAGUACUGUCUCUUGCCGCACGGGGGAGAUCAAUGGGGAAGGAAUCUGGAGGCCCAGCUUGUGAGCAGGGAUUGGGAACUGCUGAGCCAGGAAGAGCUGGCUUUAUGGCUGAAUCGCUAUCCAGCUGAACAGCCGCAGUAUGAGGAGGGCUGGUCGCCACCUUGGCUUUCCUCAGAGUGCUACAUGACGGAGAAACGUUCAGUAGCUGAUCACAGCACGGGGGAGCUGAGCCAGUACAGAUCAGCACUGGACAGCAGCUUCCUCAACAUCGUCUCUGGGAAGAAGCAGCAGAAAUCCAAUUCACAAGAAAAUGCAGACAUUACAAUGGAGGUGUGCAGGCCAGCAGCUAGUGGGAGUUUACUGCUAGAUACUCACAACACCAAAUAUGAGAGCUUUCCCAACAACUCUGAGAAAACAGACUCUGAUCCUGAAAUCAGUGUAACACAGGCUCUGUAUACACCCAACACUAACACGGCUCACUUUGACAUGGCUGGGCUGGCUGAACUCUCCAGCAUCUCAUACUCUCCAGCUCAGCCUCAGGAGAAACUCUACACUAUCUCUGUAUGCGGACAAGCCCCACCCUGUAACAGUACCCCACGUAGCCCAGACGUAUGCCGGAAGGUGAUGACAGGAAUGAUUGAGGCCAAUCUCGCGGACUCCCCUGCCUGCAGUCACCCCAGCUCUGUGUAUCUCAGGACUGAGAGUUUCACCACACCAAGAGAAAGCUGGCCUCCACCUUUCGACGUAGACCCAGCCAGCCAGGAGGAAGGGCAGCCAGAUACUAUAUCUCACAGCUUCAUUGGAGAGCAUAAGCUAGAACAGGAAGAAGAAGAAGAAGAAGAAGAAGAAGAAGAAGAGGGAGCAGUAGUGUCUAAACAGGAGCAGAUUGGAGAGAGGCAGGAGGAAAUGGAUGGAACUAGUCAACCAUCUUCGGAGGCAGAAGAAGUGGACAGGGCAGAGGACGAGCUUGAGAAAAUGGAGGAAGGAUUGCAGAUAGUCAAAGGGUGCACCGAAGAAGUAAGAAACAUGGACGAGGAGGAAGGAAGGCAUGUUGAAGAAGGCAGUGAGGAAGAAGAGCGUGGCUGUUGUAACACACAGAGAGAUGUGGGGUCAGAAGUAGAGGAAGAGGAGGACAUAGAAUAUAUUGGUGACAGGAAGAAGGAAAUAACAGGAUUAUUUGGCAAUGGAGAAGAAAUGGGGGAGAAUGCCUUGGUUAAGAUCAGUGAGCUUGUUGCAGACACAGUGUUUGCAGAUCAGAAGGAGGAGCUCAGGGUGUCUCUAGGGUCACAGCAAAGCCCCAGCUUAUUGGAGGACACAAAAAGAGCCAAUUCAACACUAGAUGAAGUGCUGCAGGGCUUUGUAGUGGAGGGCACCAGAAAGAGCCCAGGAGCAAGUGGAAGGGUUGCUACAUUGUGUCAGCUGUUUGAAGGUCAGACUGGUGAUGAUGAACACCCAGCAGGAGACCAUGCACACAGAGUCAGCUCCAGUGCUGACUCAGCCACCACCUGAAAACAGGUCUCAACUGGAGGACUGUGUUGGAGCAGCACCACACUCUUCAUGAGUCAAAUCAGCAAGGGAAAUGUUCUUUUGUGUUACUAGUGUGGCGUUUAAAGGGAAGUUGUGUUCGUAGUGCACUGUUACUAGUUUAUGUUUUUAAGCAAGGUUUGUUAUCCUGCAACUCUAU